UGACUGCCUGCAGUGUGUGUGUGUGUGUGUCUUCCCCCUCUCCCUCUCUCUGCCACACCUCCCCUCCAAGCCAUCGAGCGCCAGAGGUCCGGAGAGAGGGAGAGACAGACAGGACUCAUGACUGUGCUGAAUUUCCCGAAUCAAGUUCCUUCACAAAUGCUGUCUAGCGAUACUUUGGAAAACUUUUUGAUGGCACAUAGUAGAAACUCAAAGACGUCUUUAGCGUGCAAGGCCACCAUUGAUACGGUAAAAACAAUGUGUGGGGAGGCAGAGGCACAGCAAUUCACAUCUACACCUUUGUCAGAAAACACCGUGAAACUAAGAAUGUAUGCUAUAGCUAGCAUUCAAGAAGAAACUGAUUGAAUGCCUCAAAAACAACCCAACUUAUGCUCUCCAAAUGGACGUUAGCUGUGAGGGCCGAGAUGCCCAUGCAUUGACUUUAGUUCGAUACUUCUCGGGGGAUGCUAUUCAUGAGGACAUAUUGUUUGUUCUGCCUCACGAUUACCGAGCAAGAAACGGUACAUGGGAUGUUCAGUGUGCUGCGUUAUUAUAUUGACGAAAAUAUUCAUGGGAUCGAAUGGUGGGCUUUUGCACAGAUGAGGCUCCAUCGAUCAUAGGACGGCAGGCAGGCCUCUGCACUCUAGUUAUGAAUGUGUGUCCCUCUGCCAUAUGGACACAUUGUAUGAUACACCCACUGAGCUGUAAUGGGUUCACCGAGAGCAACUGGCGGCAAAAGAGCUGAAGCGCAGAACUCCGGAGAUAUGCAGCAGAUAUAUUUCGUGAAACUGAACGCAAGCAUGCAGGGGAAAUACAAAACAAUUCUACAGAUGCGUGACCGAAUCAGCGAAAUCCGUUUGACUGUGAUCCUGGCUCAGUUGACAUCCCGAAUGAAAAUAAGAUGUGCCCUGUUCCAUAAAUUGAGACAGAGGUGCUUCCUGUUGUCCCUGGCCCUGCUGCUGCUGUGUCUGCUGAAGCUGUUCUAUGUUAAAGUAACUUUGAGGAACAGCUUCUACAUCGAACCCUAUGGGAUCACAGACCGCUCCUCACAGAACCCCAACCACCAGUACAACAUCAACUGCACCGCCAUCUACCAACUGGACCCUGUGGAGGUAGGGAAGUCCUUGGAGAUCAGACGCAAAGUCAUAGUGGACUUGGAGGAUGACCGCCUCGUGUCUUUAACCUCAGACUGUCAGAGGUACAUCGAGACGAGAGGAUAUGACAUCAUCCCAGUGUCGGAAGAGGAGCGGGGGUUCCCGCUGGCGUACUCCCUGGUGGUGCAUAAGAACGCUGCCAUGGUCGAGAGGAUCUUCAGGGCCACCUACGCCCCUCACAACCUGUACUGCAUUCACUAUGACCAGAAGUCCUCUCAGAGCUUCAUAGCAGCCAUGAGGAACCUGGCUCACUGCUUCCCUAACCUCUUCCUGGCCUCCAAGCUGGAGUCAGUGCAGUACGCCCACAUCACACGGCUUAACGCCGACCUCAACUGCCUCAACGACCUGUUAGAAAGGUCAGAGGUCAAGUGGAAGUAUGUCAUCAACCUCUGCGGCCAGGACUUCCCCCUCAGGUCGAACGGUGAGCUGGUGUCGGAGCUGCAGGCGCUGAACGGUGCCAACAUGCUGGAGACCUCCCGUCCCAGCGAGCUGAAGAAACAGCGCUUCCGUUUCCAGCACCAGCUGAAGGAUGUGCCCUACGAGUACCGCCGCAUACCCGUCCGAACCACACAGGCCAAGGCGCCGCCGCCGCACGACAUUGAGAUGUUCAUCGGCAGCGCCUACUUCGUCUUGUCCCGUGACUUUGUCCUGUUCGUGGAAACCAGCCGGGUGGCGAGGGACUUCCUGGAAUGGUCAGCUGACACUUACUCUCCGGAUGAACACUUCUGGGCAACGUUGACGAGAAUCCCCGGUGUACCGGGAGAGAUCUCCCGGUCUGCCCCAGAUGUAACAGACUUGAAGAGUAAGACACGUCUGGUGAAAUGGAAUUAUCUGGAAGGGUCUCUGUACCCUCCCUGCACUGGGACUCACAUGAGGAGUGUCUGUAUAUAUGGGGCUGCAGAGCUGCGAUGGUUGCUGAACUAUGGCCACUGGUUCGCUAACAAGUUUGACCCCAAAGUUGACCCGGUGCUUAUCAAGUGUUUAGAGGAGAAACUGGAAGAGAAACGUAGGCAAUGGGAAAACACUGUGAAGAAUUAAAAAGGAAAAAACAUCUGUAAAUGAAAUGGGAUGGGAGAAUCAGUUCACUUGUUGGUUUACAUGGAAGAUCUACCCAGUCUGCAGAUGAGGUACUCCAGAUCAACUAACUGCAAGGAAUAAGUCCAAUUCUGCAGUGGCAGGAUUUUCUUGUUUUACAAAAAAAUAACUUUUAUGUCUAUUGAAUACUAGUUCAAACUAAAUUGAACCCCGCUGAAAAUGAAGUGUUGAAGUUCAAUUGAACUGUUCGAAUAAAAGGCUUCGCCCAACAGUUCUUUAAUUGAUGUCCAAGAUGGACGUUUCAGAGGAUAGUGAAACAAGACGAUCAAUGGCCAAAAUAUCUACACUGCUAGUUCUGUCACGGAUAUCGCAAAGAACUUGUCACAUGUUGCAAUAACACCUAAUGGAAUGUCUCAUCUUGAUACCAGAUCCAAUGAGAAAUGCAUGUAGAUUGAAUAGACGGUAAUUUAUGUUAUUCUCUAAGAUGCUGUCACGUAGGUACAAUGCUACACUCUUUACCAAACCAACAAUACCAAAGACACUCACUCCACUGUAACAAAACGGCACAUCAAAGCUGAAUGUCAGGUUUUUAUACAUUUUCAUGGAAACACUUAAUUUUUUUGUAUUAGUAUUUUAGUAUUAAGAAUUAGUAUUUUAGUAUUAAGAAUUAGUAUUUUAGUAUUAAGAAUUAGUAUUUUAGUAUUGAGAAUUAGGAUUUUAGUAUUAAGAAUAAGUAUUUCAGUAUGAAGAAUUAGUAUUUCAGUAUGAAGAAUUAGUAUUUUAAUAUGAAGAAUUUGUAUUUUAGUAUUAAGAAUGAGUAUUUUAGUAUUUAUCAUCUAAAUGAUAAUAUAUAUUUGUAGAGAAGGGAGUUUGAUACAGCAGUGAUGCAACAAGGUUUAUAUCCCUUAAUAAGUAUAAAUGAUUUGUUUCUUAAUACAUCUAUCACUUUGAAUAGUU